CGGCGCAGAGGGAGCCAGAUCAAACGCGCCGUUCGAACGCCUCACAUCUGAUCGUUGGGGGGAAAGGGGGGCGAUUAUAGAGUUAUGGCCCCCUAAUUAUAGGCUCCCCGGCAAUCCUCCUGCAAGACGACUUUCCUCUUUCGAACGAGUGGUUGGCUUUGAAACAUGUUUCCAUCAUGUCGGCACCGAAUGAUAGAGUUGCGUCUGCGGUCUCAGCAAAACUAAGAAAGGGGUGAUCCGCGACCGUCGUGAUAUUAUCCCUUGGUCGCUAAUGCCGGGUGUAUUAGGUAUAGCACACAUUAUUUUCUUUCCGCCAAGUCCCAAGUGCCCGGUGCAUCGUUGAUCACUCAUUCUCAACUUAACUAUUCCUAACAUGCCGUCGUUCACUGCGCUUCUCUCCCUGGCCGCUUUGGCGACCACCGUGCUGGGCCACGGUCACGUCCGCAGAAUCGUUGCUAACGGAGUAACCUACCCCGGAUACGAACGUUGGUCGAAUGCGGACCAGAGCAACACUGUCUCGUGGCAGUUCUCGACAGAGGACGAAGGCCCGAUUUCGGUUGCUAGCCUCAACAGCCCCGACAUCAUCUGCUCCCAAAACGCGGUAAACGCGCCGGCUUCGAUACCUAUCGCUGCGGGCUCCCAGCUGCAGGUUGUCCGCUUCAACACCAUCGGCGGGUACGAGCACCCAGGUCCGGAGAUACACUACCUCGCCUCGUGCGGCGACGCUGGCUGCAGCCAGGUGGAUAAGCACGGUCUCCAGUUCUUCAAGUUCUACGAGAGUGGUCUCGUCCAGGGAGGCGUCGCAGACAGCCCCCAGUGGAACAGCCAGAAGUGGGCUACUACCGAGGUUCACAAGUCCGUCCAGCCGGAAGGCGAUGGCUUCGUCGACACGUACACCGUCACGAUCCCCCAGAACAUCAGACCCGGGUCAUAUGUUCUGAGGCAUGAGGUUCUCGGUCUUCACAAGGCUCACGAGGGCCAGGCUGAAUUCUACCCCCAGUGCAUUAAUCUCGAGAUAUCGGGCUCGGGCAACGAGCUGCCCCAGGGGAUCCCCGCUACCGAGUUGUACCACAGCAGCGACCCGGGUGUUGCCAUCAACAUCUGGGGCGACCUCCAGUACUACCAGAUUCCAGGCCCCGCGGUCGCCGGCUUUUCUGCAAAAAGGGGCCUCGGCUCCAAGCGACACGCCCGAGACAUCCAGCACUAGAUCCGUAGCGUCUCUCCUCGAACCUGCGAUCCCUCGCUUCGUCAUUGGCUAUGUUUUACUACGAUUUAACCUGCAACACAUUAGACUAUAAAGCCAUGGGGUAAUCCACAUUCAGGCUUGAGCUUCACUGUAUAUAUUAAAACACAAAAACGUAUAGAUUUUGGAUGGUUGCGCUAACCACCGUGAUACUCCCACAUUUGCUCUAUCUAGACACAAUAAGACAAAGAAAACAAAGCCC